CUCACUUAUUACGUACGACUGAGCUCUGUCUACACGUUAAAUGUCCUAUCGAUCCUAGCUCCAGCCAUAUGUCACAUCACCGUCGCCUACGCUACAUUCUAUCCCAUCACGAAGGGAAGUUCGAUACAGUCCGGCCAUACUAUGUCGGAGCGCACCCGACGGGCACGCCUCCAGCUUCCGGAAGAACGGCCGCUGCUGCAACGGAACCGUGCCAGUCACACCUCUGAGAUUCAAGUUCCUCUCUAUGGCUGCAUGGUCAAUCCUCACAGCCACUUACCAGUAUACACGAAUAUUCACCGUAUACGACGAGACAUCAUCUCCAUUGUUGAAGACUAUUUGAGUUUGGAACAACUUCGUGAUGUGCGUAUCAACAUCGCCGUCGUCCGCCCACUUGUCGACAAAUUGUAUGAGCUCGACGACAUCUCCAUAGUGUAUUGCCUGCUUGUGAACCGUGCUCAGUUCCUAUAUGAGCAAUCUCACUUGAACAAUCGGCAAAAUGUCAAUUACAGUCGCGCAGCUCUAUGCGAGCUGGUGGCAACGCGGAUAUUGAGGCGCUUUAGCGAGGACAAUGAAGGGCCUGAUGGUUUAGUGCUGCUAGCACACAUCCUGGUUGCCGGCUUUGAGCCCUUUCAGAUGGCACCGGCCGGGAUUCGUGAGGCAGCCUCGACGGAGUCCUAUCGCAGCUACAACCGUAUGCUUCCUUCGCUCGAAGUUGCUAUCUUGACUGAGAGUAAAUACUUCCUCAGUGCUACUCCUUGCCAGAAAGUCGUCGAUGCCAUUUACGAAGGCCGUAUUGUCUACACUCCUUCGAGCUUUAUGGACAUUAUUCCAGACCACUACAAACUCAAGCCUAUCUCACUCUACAACCCACGCGAAGGGCCACUACUGGACCAAUAUCGACUCCUUGUGCCUCGUACCAGAAACAUUCUCGAGGUUUUCCAGUUCCUGAUUCUGCUGGCGCUCUAUCUCUUUGUCAUGGCCGAGCGAAAGCCUGAGACUUUCACCGUCUUGGAAGGUUGUUUCGCCGUCUAUGCCUUCGGGUGGUCUCUCGAUCAAUUUGCUACUAUUUUGGAGCAUGGCUGGCACGUUUACACCCAGAAUCUGUGGUCCUUCCUUGAUGUUGGCUUCAUUGGCAUCUAUGUUGUAUACGCGGUACUGCGCAUCCAUGGAGCUCGAGUCGGAGAACUUGUUCCAAAACAACAAGCUCUCGACGUACUUGCGAUGGGUGCCCCAGUACUGGUCCCGCGUCUUGCCUUCAACUUGCUAUCGGAUAAUCUGGUGUUUCUCUCCUUGCGGUCCAUGAUGUCGGACUUUGUCCUUCUCACGUUCUUGUCGGCAUGGUGUUUCGGUGGCUUUCUACUGUCGCUUCUGUGGCUUGGUGAAGGUGCACAUCCUCCAGUCACUAUCAGUAAGUGGAUGCUCUGGAUCUGGUUUGGACUUGACGGGACGGGCAUCAACGAAUCGGUACAAUUUCACCCCAUCUUAGGUCCUGUCCUAAUGGUCGCUUUCGCCUUCCUGGGAAACACUUUGUUCCUCACCAUCCUCGUCUCGAUGCUUUCCAAUACAUUUAGCACGAUCGUUAAGAACGCGACUGCAGAGAUAAUGUUCCGCAAGGCCGUCUUGACCCUAGAAGGGGUCAAGGGUGAUGCCAUUUUUGCGUACCAGCCCCCCUUCAACAUCCUGGCCGUCUUCGUCCUUAUUCCGCUCAAAUUCAUCCUCACCCCGCGAUGGUUCCAUAAGAUACAUGUAGCUAGCGUUCGGCUAGUCAACCUUCCGCUACUACUGAUCAUCGCGGUGGCAGAACGCAGAAUCCUUUGGCCAGCGCCGCAGCCGGAGAAGAAACAGUCUAGCAGCCUUACGCUGUACCCGAGGGUCAAGCAAUGGUUCUGGGAGAAGUGGCGCAUAACGGCCCACCGCGACAUAAGAGCCGUGUUCGACCUACCGCCGCCCGAGUCCGUCGAGGAGGAGAUUGCGGUGGACGACGAGCUCACGCACCAUCUCAUCCGGCGACAAUUCACUCGGUCCAUCACAAAUGAUACCAUGCGGAAGAAGUCGCCUCUUAGGAGAGAUUCGAUGUUCCCGGGCGUGUCGUCCAAGUUGCGCGGGUCCUUUACGGGAAGCGAGGACAUGCAAGACGUCAGCAGCAGGUUGGAUUCUCUCGAGCAAACGUCCCUGAGAAUCGAGGCCUUGCUGGCGCGCAUGCUGGACGCCGAGGAUUACUCUGACCGAGGCUUCGGUACUGGGGAGAGCAGCACCCUUCGUGAUGGGGAAGCGCCUCUGACCCAGUCACCGAGUUAG